AUGGACCUCGCGCUCUCAGACACCGACACCAGCUGCGGAUUCUCCGCACGCAGCGACGACGAAAACUCCCGCAGCCCGCGCGCUGUCUCCCCAGUGAUUAAGAAGCGACGGCGCACACGCACCGACGGCGGCCCCCCAGUAAAGCGGAACCGGCGCGUUAAGGCCAACGACCGCGAGCGCAGCCGCAUGCACAACCUGAACGACGCGCUGGAAACUCUGCGCGAGGUGCUGCCCGCGUGCCCGGAGGAAACCAAAAUGACCAAGAUCGAGACGCUGCGGUUCGCGCACAAUUACAUCUGGGCUCUGUCAGAAACCCUUCGCAUCGCAGACCUGCAGGCUGGGAGAUCCUUCCGCCGGGCAGAGGUUCCCAUCAGCCCCGGCAGCAGCAGCGAGUCCUGGAGCUGCUCCUCCUCUUCCUCUACCUCCUCUUCCUCCUCCUCUUCAUCCCCGGUUUAUUGCGCCUCCAGCCCCGGCAGCCCGGAGAACUACUUCCAGCCGCAGGACGCCAUGUUCCUCCGCACCUUGGUGCCUCCUGUUUACUGA